GGUUUAUUCAAAAUGGCGGCGCCCUGUCCGACUCGUUGGGGAAGUUAGCGAGUCGGAGUGAGAGUGCCGGUGGUUUGGUUGGCGGAUCCGCUGCCUUCGUCGCUUCUCUGCCUCCGCCGUGUCUGGAUUUGCCCCUUCCCCCCGAGGACUUUAAGGAGUUGAUCGGGGAGCUGUGUUGGUCGAGGCCGGGCCUGGUGAAGUGGAGGCCGAGCCUCAGCGCUGUCUCAGGUAAAUGAAGGAAAACAAGGAGAACUCCACCGUGACUACAGCACUGGCAAACGUGGACCUCAGGAAGCCAUGCUGGUAUUGGGAUAAGAAGGAUCUGGCACACACCCCGUCCCAGUUAGAAGGACUUGAUCCAGCAACAGAGGCGCGCUAUCGUCGAGAGGGUGCCAGGUUUAUAUUUGAUGUGGGAACACGUCUGGGGUUACAUUAUGACACACUGGCCACAGGAAUCAUCUAUUUUCAUCGUUUUUACAUGUUUCAUUCCUUCAAACAAUUUCCGAGAUAUGUUACAGGAGGCUGUUGCCUCUUUCUGGCUGGGAAAGUAGAAGAAACUCCCAAAAAGUGUAAAGAUAUCAUUAAAACUGCUCGAAGUUUGCUGAAUGAUGUACAGUUUUCACAAUUUGGAGAUGAUCCCAAGGAGGAAGUCAUGGUUCUGGAGAGAAUACUGCUGCAGACAAUUAAAUUUGACUUGCAGGUCGAACAUCCUUAUCAAUUCUUGCUUAAGUAUGCUAAGCAACUUAAAGUCCAAUUUUCUCUUUCUGUAGGUGACAAAAACAAACUUCAAAAGCUGGUGCAAAUGGCUUGGACCUUUGUAAAUGACAGCCUGUGCACUAUGCUAUGUCUCCAGUGGGAGCCUGAGAUCAUUGCCGUGGCUGUGAUGUACCUAGCUGGUAGGCUGUGUAAAUUUGAGAUUCAGGAGUGGUCGGCCAAGCCAAUUUACAGGAGAUGGUGGGAGCAGUUUGUACAGGAUGUGCCUGUCGAGUUACUGGAAGAUAUUUGCCAUCAGAUACUGGACCUGUAUUCCCAGGGUCAACAGCAGAUGCCCCAGGCCCCCCAGCAUCAAUUGGCAGCAAUCCCGAGCUUGGAGCAACCACUACCACCAAUACAGGUGCAGCAGGCCAAGAAACUUUCGCCUCAGUCAACACCACCUCGACAGAUCAAACGAGCUGCGGUUGCUUCUCCAAAGGAAGAUGGCAAGGCAAUGGGUGAAGUGCCAGAUGACUGGAGGACAGCAAAUAUUGUACCUUUAUUCAAGAAGGGCAGCAGGGAAAAGCCAGAUCUGCAGCCUCCUAAAAUUCCCAAACUGGAAAAUCCUCAUCCAGCACUUCCACCAGCUAGCCAUCCUCCUCCAGAGCGCAAGCCAUCAAUAAGUACAGGGACCACCAUUAUUGAAAGUGAACCACCUUCUACAGGAAACUCCUCUGAAGUGGCCAAAGCCACCAUCCCACCACCUCUUCUUCCUCCUACUGCACACCAACAGCCACAGAUGCCCCAGCGACCUCCUCCCUCUGCUGCCUACAUAAUGGGAAUGUCAACAACUAGCUCUUACAUGUCUGGGGAAGGUUUCCAGAGUUUGCAAUCUAUGAUGAAGACUGAUGGACCCUCCUAUGGAAGCAUACCAUCCUAUGGACCACCAACUCAUGUCCCUUACCACCCACAUGUUUAUCCUAAUCCAUCUGUACCUCCUCCCACUACUUAUCCACCUAAUAUCCCUCCACCUACUCCAGGAUAUCCUCCACCAGGGUACAAUCCUACUUUUUUGCCCCCUCCUCGGAUUCCACCUGCCCACACGGUACCACCUCCUCCAGGACUGGGUCUUCCGCCAACCAGCUACCCUCCCCCCACAGUGCCACCUGGGGGACAACCUCCUGGACCUCCACCACCGCCGCCGCCACCACCACCAGGGCUGCCGCCCGUAGGUGGGCUGACACGAGGUUGGCUGAGGUAGUGGACGUUUAUCAUCUGGUAAGUGUGGGAUGAGGUUUGGCUUCUUGCAGGGAUUGGUGUGGCCCUGAAAUCUCACAGGGUCUGAGUACCAGGAUGAAAUAAUGCAGGUGCCCUUUACCCAACAGCUGUAUGUACUUUGCUCCUGAGUGGUCACCGUCUGCUAAGUGCAGAUGAAUGAAUAGCUCAGAUUUUAGCAUUGAUUACCCUCUCUUCCUCCUCCUUUAGCCAGCUUUCUUCUGUCCACCUACACCCCAAUGUAUUCCUGCACCUUGUUCCAUCUGAUGAGUUGUUUAUGGCUAAUUUGCACCCAGUCCUGGAGCAGCCAAAGGAAACUAACUGGGACAAAAGCAACAUGCUGUGGAUGCUGGAAAUCUGUACACAAAAAAAAGUGCUGAUAAAACUCGGCAUUUGAUAGAAAAAGAAACAAUUAGGUUAGGUGCCUUAAUCUAUUGAGCUUCUUGCAUCCUCAAACAUGCCCCCUCAUCCCAUAAAGGGCUUAUGGGUCAAUGUUUUGCUCUCCCAAUACUUUGCUUAAGAGGCCAUAUUUCAACAUGACUGCAAAUGAAGAAGGAAAGUUGUUCAACCUUGAGAAUCAUCUCACCUAUGCCUGAUUUUGGUGUCCACACUUCAGGAGUUGCUGAAAAGGGCCCCAGUGCUAGGAAGUGACAGACAAUUGUAAUGCCUUAGUGAUUGCAACAGCUGUGGUCACUGGUAUAAACCAAGAAUUCAACUUGAUCUCUUUUGGUUGGCACAAGUUGGUGCUGUGUUGGCUGGCUCAGAGCAUCAGGUUACAUUCUUUCUAGUAUUACUGUAAUAUGUUCGUACAAAUAAGUAGUUAAAGAGUUUAUUUUUAAAUGGAAAGGUUUGUAACCCUUAAAGUCAAAUUCAUUUUAGGUUAUUAAAUAUUCUGAGCUCCACUGUUGUUCCAGCCCUCGUAUUGUUCUUCAUUAAAAAGACCAAGCAAGUCUGGGCUGCAGAUGUGUUGAUAAUUAAAAAGAUGUUCCAUUGUGAUAAAUAGAUUCAGCACUUCGGACACAAAUAUAUACAGCAGAGGUGGCAAGUUCCAACUGUUUUUUAUUUUGAGCUUAUUUUGCUGGCUUUACAGGAGUAUGACGGAAUGGAUUCCCUCAAUUACCAUGUGCUGUUCAGUCCAGCUUGAUUGUAGGCUUGGUAACUUUUGGAGGCGCCUUACUGUCUGAUCUGAGAUUUGAACUCUGGCCCUUGGUUUGAGAAGACAGGACUGUACCACUGCACUUGUGGUCACAAGAACAUUUAUAUUCCCUUGGAAAUUUCUACUUGUGGUUUUUCUAAGAACAAUACAAUUGUAUGUGAAUUUAUACUAACUUCUCAUACAUUACAAGAGAAAAAUGCAUUGUCAAAUGAUUGUCAUUCCAAUCGAAGUGACAGAUUUAUGCCACUCUGAUAACUGGCUUUAGGAAAAGAUGUAGUUAAUUUAGCUUCUUGACCCUAUUCUGCCAUUUGGUGAUUUCAAGACUGAUCUGUCACUCUGUACCCCUUCCUAUAUUACCCUUGUUUAUCAGAAAUCAUUUGGUCUUGGAUUUAAAAUCAAUAAUUGAACCAACAUCAAUUGCUACCUGUAGAAAAGGGUUCCAAAUUUCUACCCUCUGCGUGUGGCAGUGUUUUCUAACUAAGCCCAGUUCUUCCCCUAAUCCUAGAGUCCCUAACCAAAUGAAAAACCUCUUUUGGGCCAUCCAAUUCUUCUUAAGGUCUUGAAAAUAUUGAUCAAAUCGCUCAUAACCAUCUAAAUUCCAGCCAGUACGUCUAGUUUGUGUAAGCUCUAUUUAUAACUUAACUGGGUACAUUCUGGUAAAUCUAUUUACCAGUCUCACCAAAUACAUCCUCCUUAGGAUAUGGUCAUUCCAUUUGGAUACACUACCAGAUGUCACCAGAGUUUUCUACUGCUGCAGCACAACUUCUGUCCCUUGUAUUUCAGUCCUUGGGUAUAAAACUGAGUAUUCCAUUAGGCUUUUUGAUUUGUUUUCUGCACUUGUCUGUGACAUUUGAAUAUUCAUAUGAUUCUCUGGCAUUUACACAGGCCCCCAAGUAUCUUUGGGCCUUCUGAAAUAAAAGCAGAAAAUGCUGGAAGCACCCAGCUAGUUAGUCAGCAUCCAUAGAAGGAGAGGAAAGGUAAUGUUUCGGAUUGAAGGCCCUUCAUUAGAACUGAAACAUUAAAGUUUCUUUUUCCACAGAUGCUGCCUAACCUGCUGAAUGUUUCAGGCAUUUUCUGUUUUUAUCUCAGAUUUCCAGCAUCUGCAGUUAUUUUUCCCCUUCAUUUUCUCUAGACUUUUAGAUGUAGGAAAGACUUUAUUUAGGUCUCGUGUCUGGCCCAAUAUUUGCCUACAUUAAAGUUCAUUUUGCCAAUUUGUUUAAAAAAUUAAUAUGUGUAAUAUUAUACUUCAACUUGCAUUGCCUACAAUCACAUUGCUGGAAUCACACCAAUUCCAGUUUCAAAGUGUGCAGUUUAAGGCCCCAGCACAGAUUGUUCUAGUUAAUUCCUACCAAUUAAAGUACUUGGCCAUUCUCUCUACUGCAUUUUGCGGCAAUUUCGUAAUCUGAUCAUUAAUUUGCUUCAGUUCCAUUAACUUCAGUAUUGGCUUGAAGUGUUUUUAUGAGGCACUUUAUCAGAUGCCUUUUGGAAGUCGAUAUAAAUAAAACCUCUUGGCACUUCCCUAUCCACUACAUUGCUCACCUUUUUAAAAAUUGCCACGUUCAUUGGGCAUGACUUGCUUUACAAAUUUAUGUUGGUGUACCCAGAUAGAUGAAAAAUUUUGUAAUGUUCAGUCACUUGAUUCUUGAUUGUAGACUCCUGUAGUCUAUUGGCAACAUGAUUUUGGGCUGGUUGAUCUACAAUUCCCUGGCGCCUCAUUUUAAAGUAAACAGAGUAAUUCACAAUUCUUCAGUCUGAAGAAACAAUUUCCUAAAAAAAUACUUUGGACAAUUGUACAAAGGGCACCCUACAAUAUCAUACCUUAAAAGCUUGAAAUAGAAACCAUCUGGUACUGGAGAUGUUCUCACUCUUUAGUGCUGUUAUUUUCUUUAUAAUCGUCAUAUUGAUGGCAUGUCCCAUCCCUGAUUCACCAUUAACUUGGGGAUAUCCAACAUGUUAUCCUCGAUCUCCAGUUCCAUUUUGCAAGCUGGAAUACUCCAGUUAGGCAAAUGGAGUAGUCUUUGUUUUCUUUUUCUUUGCAUUGAUUUCUGUCCUUGAGUUCUUCAGUUGUCUGAUAUAACUUGAAAAAAAUUCAGUGUAAUUUACUCUGUCUGUAGUAUAUUUGUCUACAGGUUGAAUUAAGUUUAUUUUUCCAAAUAGUGUCAAAGCCUGAAUGUAACAUAUGAGAUUGUACUGUGAGCUGGGCUUUGACAAAAAUAUUGUACAAUUAGUGGCUAAUGCAGCCGAAUAAAUUUGAUAUU